UGAUUGAUGAUCAGAGGAGAAAUAGAUCUUAAUUUGUCCCCACUGAGUUACAUGAUUGAUGAUCAGAGAGGAAGUAGACCUUAAUUUAUCCCCACUGAUAUCUCUCUUUUCAUGGAAAAUCAAACCCAAAAAAAACCCAGAGUUCUAUGCCUCCACGGGUUCAGAGCGAGUGGUGAAAUCCUCAAAAGCAUGCUCCAGACACGGUGGCCUGAGACUGUACUUGAAAAGCUUGAUAUGGUUUACCUCGAUGGCCCAUUCCCAGCCCAAGGAAAGUCUUCCAUUGAAGACGUCUAUGAUCCUCCGUACUACGAGUGGUUCCAGUGCAACGAGGAUUUAACUGAGUUUAUAAAUUUCAAAGACUGCGUAAAGUAUCUAGAGGAUUAUAUGGUGAAGUAUGGUCCUUUUGAUGGAAUUCUAGGGGACUCUCAGGGUGGCAAUUUGGCGGCUUCUUUGCCUGGGAUGCAAAAUGAGGGAGUGGCUCUUACAAGGGUACCAAAGAUCAAGUUUCUGAUAUUCAUUUCAGCUGGCAAGUUCGGAGGAGCCACAAUGGGAACGCCUGAACUGGCUGCUAAUGCAUUUUCUUCGCCUAUUGAGCGCCCUUCUCUCCACUUUAUAGGAGACAAGGACGCUUUGAAACCAGGAGGGGAAGAUUUAGUGAAGGCAUUUGUAGACCCGGUUGUUAUUCGUCACCCACAGGGGCACACUGUUCCAACACUUGAUGAAAAACAAGUGGAAGUUGUGCUUGGAUUCAUUGAGAAGAUUCAGAAUUUGACAAAAUUUGUACUGGCAUCCCUCUAGAACAAUCUGUCGUUCUAGUCUAGUAGUUAGAAACGAGUUGUCGUUUCUAAUGCUCCAUCUUAACUUUAUUUGUCGUUUACUCGUUUAUCAUGUGUUGGCGCUUGCCUUGGUUGAACAGGCCAUGAGCCUUUUAUCUAGUUUCGUUUCUGCGCAGAGAGCUUAAUUAGUAUAUUUAUUUGCGAUCC